GCUGGAGUUGACCAGACUGGCCCUGGCUGUGUGUUGUUUUUCUAAUAUUCAUCGUUGCUUUUUUUUUUUUUUUUAUACAGCGAACGUCCCUGAAAGAGCCUGAUGCCGCCAGUCCUCUGGCCCGUGUGCAUCAGCAUCGGUCAACGUGAGCCCAAAAAUUUAUCACCUUUCUGCAAGGGAUCCAGCAGCCGCCGUUUUGGCUUGUUCCCCUACGAAUAGAGUAGUCAUUUCUAGGGGGCCUUUCUCCCUCUUCUUCUUUCCUUCCUUCUCCUUUCCUUCCGUCUCUCUUCCGCCUCUAGUUCCUGGGGUUCACUGCUCCCUAGCAAGGUUGGUAUCUAGGUGUCUACACCACGACAUCGUCGCAUCUCUCUCUCCACCUAGCGCGCCGCUCGUUUCCCUUGGACCCGAACCCCCUCCACCAACAUCCACCGCGCGACCGGCAUACAAGCCAGACCAGACCGAAACCAACGGUUUUGAAGACAACAGAAGACGCCGUACGAACUUCCAAAAAAGAGGGGAUCAACAAACGUCAUUCGUGUUGUCUAAUUCUGCCCCCGAACCCCGAACGAAACAAAACGCCCAUGUACUUUCACAACUUGGAAUCUCCGUCGCCUGUCUGUGUUCCUCGCAUGUUGUACAUGUGUGUGUCUUGAGCGUGUACGCAUAUAUCGCCAGCGUCAUUCGGCAUUGUCCCUGCACCAGAGUUGCGCGCGCGCGCCCUACAACGCAUUUGGCUCGCUCGUCCUUCGACUCGGUUUCUUGUCCCUCCCCACUGAUGCUCACAGACAUCUCCAUGGACUAAACCGCCUUGUCUGCGAGACCACCGACGCUGACCCGACCGACCGAAUCCACGAAUCGCGACUCGACUGGCAUGCCGUCCUGCCGCCGGGCUACGUGCAGCGCGCCCUCUUCGUCUUUGUCCUAACCGCUGCCCGCUUGCUGUCCCGCGAUCCUUAAAACGUCCGUACCUACCUGCGUCGACUUCGGCGCCGUCCAAUUCCUCCCUCGGAACAGCUUCCGCCCACAAGGGCCCCCGCGAACCCCCCGAAUCCGAUCGAAGAAGAGAGAGUGAGAGUGAGAGAGUGACGGAGAGGGAUAAAGAGAAGUCUGGUCCCGUGCCAGACUGUCUGCCCGCCGCCGGCCAUGCCCAAUCCUUCGCCGCCAUCCUCGGCCUCCUCAUCUGUCGAGCGCCAGUACCAUGCGAACGGCAGGGCGGCCGUGGUCGCCUCCCGCGAGAGGGGCUCGGGAACACCGCGAAAGGAAAAACAGGGCCCAAGAGAGAGUUCUGCGCUGCAGGACCCUGGCUUGAAAGAUUAUCGCUUAGGAGAGUGCCUCGGAAAGGGAGCUUUCGGGUCCGUCUACAAGGCAUUCAAUUGGGGAACCGGCGAGGCUGUCGCCGUUAAGCAGAUCAAGCUCGCUGACCUGCCCAAGAGCGAGCUGCGCAUGAUCGAGUCUGAAAUCGAUCUUUUGAAAAACUUGCAUCAUGACAACAUUGUCAAGUACAUUGGCUUCGUCAAGUCGGCCGACUGUCUUAACAUCAUUCUGGAGUACUGUGAGAACGGCUCUCUUCACUCGAUUUGCAAGUCAUACGGCAAGUUCCCCGAGAAUUUGGUCGGCGUCUACACGACCCAGGUCUUGCAGGGCUUGCAGUACCUUCAUGACCAGGGAGUCAUUCAUAGGGAUAUCAAAGGAGCCAACAUUCUCACGACCAAGGACGGCAAGGUCAAGCUCGCGGAUUUUGGAGUCUCGACAAGCACUCUUGCUGGAGGACAGGACAAGGAGGCCCAGGUUGUCGGCACUCCUUACUGGAUGGCGCCCGAGAUCAUCCAGCUUUCCGGCGCCAGUCCUGCGUCUGAUAUCUGGAGUGUGGGGUGUACCGUCAUCGAGCUGUUGCAGGGCAAGCCGCCGUACCACAACCUUGCCGCCAUGCCCGCUCUCUUCGCCAUCGUCAACGACGACCACCCCCCGUUACCUGAGGGCAUCUCACCGGCGUCUCGGGACUUUUUGAUGCAAUGUUUCCAGAAAGACCCCAACCUGAGAGUGACGGCGAGAAAACUCUUACGGCACGCGUGGAUCAUCGGAUGCCGAAGAAGCGACGCACCCGUUUCCAAGGCCCCAGCUAAUUUCAGCCAAGCGGUGGAGGAGGUAAAACAGUGGAACAAGGCCCUCAAGUCCUCCGAGAGCUCACUAAGAGUGUCCACCGGUUCCGACAGCGGAUUUCCUGGCAUGCAAGGCCAUCCUGGCGCAAGAUUUGGCACCAAUGAACCGCACCGGCCGAGCCUGAUCACUCAGCCCAAGGGGCCUUUGGCCCUCGCGAAGCCGAGAAGGACCCCCGAAGCCUUCAGAUCUCCCGAGCUUGCUAACGACGACAACUGGGACAACGACUUCGCGACGGCCAUCUCACCAAGCGCACUGCACUUGCCUCACCUUAAGCCCCAGGACAACUUUGGUGGUCUGCUCUCUGCCGACAAACUCAAGGCCUUCGCUUCAAUUACAGACCCUCGAAACGAUUCUGAGAGUUACGAUGACGACUUUGAGGGUGAGCUGUUGACGAUCAAGGGGCCCCGGCAGUUCGCCGAUUUUGAGCUCCAGGAGCAAACAAUACGUCCAAUGUCCCGCAAGAAGAGUAACAAGUACGCAGAAUCCAUGAAACAACAGCAGCAGCAACCACAACAACUGCCGGCAAAGUCUAGCCCGCGGAAGACGGCGCAUUCCAGAAAUCCUUCCCGCCCCAAAUCGCCCAGCAAGCCGCAGCUUGGCCCUGGCAGAUUUGAGAUCCCUGCUCCUCCAGACCUAGCGUACAGAGAACAGAAUACCGAAGAUUACUCGGAUUUGUUCCUUGAAAACGACAGUGUCUUCAACGACAACGAACUGAACCCAUUUGUCAAGAAGGCCGAUUCUCCUCAGCUCUUUCAUCCUUCGGAUCUUACAAGUCUGCCUCGUUCGACACAGUCACCCGUGGCAGGGGGCUCGAGGCGGCCACCUAGCGCGAAACUGCGCCCCUCCGUAUUGCCAGACCGCCCAAUGCGAAGAACCAGGUCGUCCAUUGAGAUACAAAAGUUUGCCGAAGACGAGGGUGACGAGGACUUCUCUGACAUCUUCGGACCCGAGGAUGCGGUCACAGAAAGGGAAGAGAGCGACAGGGGCUCGGAGGACGGCGGCCUGAUGGUGCUCUCGAAAUAUUCGAACAACUCUUGGCUGGGCGAUGACGAGGACGAAGACGACCCCUUUGCUUCCAUGGAUCCUGGGUGGGAUGAGAUGGAUUUGGAAGCAAACAUUGCCAGGGACAGACACGCGAGACUGGCAGGCAAGGUCGAAGGACUCGUGCGCUCCCUGAAGACCUCGGAAGGCGAAGAGAAGCUUUGCGAGCUGGCCGAAGACUUGCUUGCCUUGCUUUGGGAGAAUACCGAGAUAAAAGACUUGAUUCUCAGUGCUCAUGGUCUGCUGCCCAUUCUGGAAAUCCUUGAACCUUGCACGGUCAAGAGCAGGCAACAGAUGAUCCUGUCACUUUUGAAGGUCGUCAAUACUAUCAUUCUGGACGAUGUCGAGAUCCAGGAGAAUCUUUGCUUCGUCGGUGGGAUUCCGAUCAUCACUAAAUUUGCAGCCCGCCAAUACUCCAACGAAAUCAGGCUGGAAGCAGCCGCCUUUGUGCGCCAGAUGUACCAGACUUCCACAUUGACUCUGCAAAUGUUUGUCAGCGCCGGUGGUCUGAACGUGCUUGUCGAGUUCUUGGAUGAAGACUUUGAUGAUGCGCGAGACCUCGUCCUAAUCGGCGUUAAUGGCAUCUGGAACGUCUUUGAGCUUCAAGGACCUACUCCGAAGAACGAUUUCUGCCGCAUCUUCUCGAGAAGCAAGAUCCUGUACCCGCUUGCUCUGGUGCUCCAUAGAGUGCUCGACGAAGAGGGCGAAGACGAUCUUUCCGAGCUCAUCGAGGGGCGAAUUGUCAACAUAUUCUACCUCUUUUCCCAGGCUGAAAACUACGUCAAGGAGGUUGUCGCUGACCGACAAGUAUUGAAGAGCGUUUUGAAAGACUUGCGACGAAUGACGCCGAACCACCAGAUCACGAUGCUCAAGUUCAUUAAGAACCUCUCAAUGUUGUCGACGACGAUAGAAACGCUCCACACCGCUGACGCCAUUGAGUUCCUGAUUGAUGUUCUUGGGUACAGUAUGAAAAAGGGGCACAAUCACUUCCGAGAGAUAUCAAACCAAGUUUUGAACACCUUGUUCAACCUGUGUCGCCUGAGCAAGGAGCGACAGGAAGACGCAGCCGUUGGCGGCAUCAUCCCCCUGCUCAUGAAGAUUAUGCAGACCGAUCGCCCUCCAAAGGAGUUCGCCUUGCCUAUACUGUGCGAUAUGGCGCAUUCGGGGAGCAAGGGCCGAAGAUAUCUGUGGCAAAAUAAGGGGCUGGAUUUCUAUGUCUCUCUAUUGGCGGACCAAUACUGGCAGGUCACGGCACUUGACGCUAUCUUUAUCUGGCUUCAAGAGGAAACAGCAAAAGUUGAAAGUCAUCUUCUGGAUGGGAAGUUUACAGACGCGAUUGUCGCCUGUUUCCACACUAACAAAGUCAACUCAUUCGACGCCAACCUCUUGGAACCUCUGCUGAAGCUUCUGCGGUUGAGCCCUUCCAUCUCAGGGUCGCUUGCGAAACCCGAGAUGUUUGCUGGCAUUGGUCAGAGACUGGGCCACAAAAAGGCCGUCGUUAGACUUAACUUGCUACGUUUGGUGCGUAACAUCAUGGACGCCUGUGACCCAGAGAUGUUGGGCAUGGGCAAUGGCAGUAGCUCUUUGAACGUCAAGCAAGUCAGAUCUCUGUUCGACGCCAUCCAAAUGCUGGCAGAGAAAGACACGGCUGUGCUCGUUCGCAACCUCGCGUCAGAGUUGGUCAAGUCGCACAACGAGAGCGAGCUAUACGACAUGGCCUCGGAACGCAACGGGUCGUCUGGGUCGGUGACAUCCCGACGCUCGGGAUCCGGGCCCAGGCGGAAAUCUUCAUAUACGCCGCCAGGCCUUCAUCACGCAAUGUCGAUGCCUGCCACGCCCACGCAGCCACAGUCCCGUCAUCAUCGGCUAUCUCAAAUACCACCAGGAUCCAGCGGCGCGUACAUCGAGGUGGCUGCAAGUCCACGGCGGACGGCUGUGCAGGAGCGGGAGGCCAUUCUCUACCGCCCACGUAGCAGAGACGGGGCCACGAGCAUUCCCAGACGGGUGAGCGGCGAGAUGUCGACAAGCAUGCCUACCGGGCCAUCAUCAGGAAAAAGCAGAUUGCCUCGCCAUUCGUUCGCGAGACCUAGCAGCUCAUCCGGACAGCCUCCACUGGUGAGGUCAGAGAGUUCCUUGUCAAAUAAAGAGAACAUGGGCAGAACCACUUCGGCCAUAUCAACACCUGCGGCCGCAUCGCCAGCUCUUCCGACGAGCAUGGCUAACAAGCGGCGAAGCAGGGCUCCGAGUUCGGACGUCAAGUGGUCUUCAUAGUUGGAAGAUUCAACGAUAACCACAUUCCAGCCAUCCGGCUGUAUUCUCUUUUUAUUUUGUCUUUUUUGUCUUUCUUUUUGCAUGUGCGAGCGGACGUCUCGUACCAUUGGGUCGCAUGUCCCGUAGGCCAAGAGCCUCUCUACAGCUCCCACUUCGGUUGGGAUAUGACAUUUACUUAUAUUGUGUGAGGGUUGGUCCGGGAAGGAGGCUUAGACGAAGGGUUGGGAGGACGACGGGUAUGGCUUUAUCACGUUGUACGUUCUGCUAUGAGACGAGACGAGGCUGCCAUGGAUCAUACUCAUGCGUGCGGGGCGGGAGUCGCAAGGGAAUGCGAAGAGGGAGAAGAAAAAAGCACACCGCAGCACCUUUGUCCAUUCGAUUUUUUUUUGUCAUUGACUUUUGAAGACCGAGGGCGUAACUGGUCAAGUUACCCAGAACACGCACGGGAUAGAUGCGGUUGUCCAAACGCAUUGAGUAAGACAGAGUGAGGCAUUAGAAACACCG